CCAUCUACAACACACUACACUAAGCUAGUUCAUUGUCAUUGUCCUUUUUCCACCCUAAAAAAGCAUGAUCCUCAUUAUUCUCCUCCUUGCAAUAAUAAUCUUUGUCGCACUAUUUAUUCGACAAUGGUUCACCACCGUUAAAGGUCGGAAAAACCUUCCCCCGAGCUACUUUUUAUGAAUUAUAUCGUAAAAAAAAUAUAGUUGCGUAAAGUAUUCAAUUUAAUGGUAGUUUUUUUUUUUUUUUUUUUUUUUUUGACAUUGGAAAUUUAAUGGUAGUUGGGUAGUAGUGUAGUACGUACAUGCAAAUUUAUACAUGCUCCCUCAAUAGCGCUAUAAAUUAAACCGGGCCACCUCAUUACCCAUCUACGACGUACUACACUAAGCUAUAGCCCAUUGUCAUUUUCAUUUUUUCCACACUAAAAAGAAUGAUGCUCUUACUCCUCCUAGCAAUAAUCUUUUUCCCACUACUUUUUCGACGAUGGCUCACCACCGUCAAGGGCCCGAAGAACCUUCCCCCGGGCCCUCCAGGGUGGCCUAUUGGCGGAAACCUCUUUCAAUUUAUCCUCCAACGUCAACCUUUCACAUACCUUCUCCGAGAUCUACGAAAGAUAUACGGGCCCAUCUUCACUAUGCAGAUGGGUCAGAAGACAUUUGUCAUCCUCACGGACGCAAAAAUCAUCCAUGAGGCCCUUGUUCAACGGGGAUCAAUCUUCGCGAGCCGGCCCGACGAGUCCCCGACCCGGUUGAUUUUCAGCUUCAACAAGUGUGGCAUCAACUCGGCGAAGUAUGGCCCGCUAUGGCGUACCCUACGAAAGAACCUUGCCACCGAGAUGGUGGGCUCGGCACGGGUGAAGCAAUGCGCGUGGGUGAGGAAGUGGGCCCUAGAGAACCAUAUGGGCCGGCUAAAAGAGUCCGCCCAAGAAAAAGGCUACGUGGAGGUGAUUAGCCAAUGUAGGCUUACUAUAUGCAGCAUACUAAUAUGUCUUUGCUUUGGAGCCAAGUUAUCUGAAGAGUGGGUAAAAAACAUUGAUAGUGUGCUUAAGGAAGUACUACUCAUGACUAUCCCAAAGCUUCCAGAUUUCCUACCCGCUCUGGCCCCGUUGGUUGCCCGGGGGCAGCUGAGGCGGGCCACAGCGCUAAGGAGAAAGCAGAUGGACAUCCUCGGCCCGCUUGUGCAGGCCCGUAAGGUUUUUGUUGAGAGCGGUGAGAACCCAAAAAGUAGCUCACUUGAUAUGGAGAGCCCGAUUGGGGCGGCCUAUGUGGACUCUCUCUUUAGCCUUGAACUACCAGGAAGGCCCGACGGGCUUUGUGAGGAAGCGUUGGUGACUUUGUGCUCGGAGCUGAUCAAUGGUGGAACUGACACUAGCGCCACCAUAAUUGAGUGGGCCCUCCUCCACCUUGUGUUAGACCAAGAGGCUCAACAGAGAUUAUACAAAGAAAUAGUGGAAGUGGUAGGGGAGAAUGGAGUUGUUAACGAGGAUGACCUAGAGCAGAUGCCUUUCCUCAACGCCAUCAUCAAGGAGACGACGCGGCGACAUCCACCCGGCCACCUUCUUCUCUCUCAUGCCGCGACGGAGGACACUGUCCUAGGCGGCUACAACAUCCCAAAAGAUGCAAAUAUCGAAAUUUACACGCCAUGGGUUACCCAAGACCCGGCUCUAUGGACCGACCCGGAGGAGUUCCGGCCCGAAAGGUUCUUACCCGGGGGAGAAGGGUAUGAGGUGGACUGGACGGGUAAUCGGGGGGUUCGGAUGAUUCCUUUUGGAGCGGGAAGGCGGAUCUGCCCAGCUUGGAGUUUGGGUACGUUGCAUGUGGGUUUUUUGCUUGCUAGGAUGGUACAUGCUUUUCGUUGGGUUCCUAUUCCGGGUAGCCCGCCGGACCCGACUGAAAAAUUUUCAUUUACUAUGCUGAUGAAAAACCCUCUCAAGGCCAUCAUAUUACCUAGGAGUUAAAAUGGGCCGCCCAUCCAAAAAAAAAUUAGCGUGUACGUUAGUCGUAUUUCCGAUAUUCGUUACAUUAGAAUGAACUCUUACAGUAGGUCAUGUCUAUUAUGAUAGAUUCUAAUCUAAUGUAACCCCUUCAAUACUGUUGUUACAAUAUCUUAUAUUUAGGUGAAAAUUAUACGCUCGUUACAAUAUAGUCAUUUUAUGGAAUGAAUAAGUGGAGUACGUGUUACAGUAUUGUCGUUAUAAUAAACCUUUAAAUGUACUUCGUAUUAGCUAGUGUGGAUAAGUUGUCAGGUGGAUGCUCUUGUCAGAUUAUGCCCUAGUUGCACCUAAAACUUGUCCACAAGUAGAUAAUGUAAUUUGUAUAGCAUUUACCUUUAAUUCGUAUGAAUACUGUAGAAAGUCCAUUGUUGUUGAA